AAAGCAACAUUUACUUAACAUAAUCAUAAUAGAGUUCAUUAUGUAGAGGAACUGGAUUUCAACUUUUUACCUGACUGACUAGUACCUAUUGUCAAGAACUUGCUUGUAAGUGUAAUCAACAAAAUUAAAUCAUUAUUUAUGUAACCUUAUGAAUACUACGUUAUAGUGAUUCAAAUUCUAUACCAUAUUCUGUAAUGAAGAUUUAGAAAUAUUAUUCCCUUAUACUUAUCUCUUUGAGAUAGGAUUUUGAAGUUCGUAUGCUUACUGACGGCAACUGUCAAACGGCAUUCGCUGACAGCAAAGAAAAUAGCAGUCUAUCUAAUCGAUAUAAAAUAAAAAUACAUUCUGUACGUUGAUAUUGAUAUUAUGCUUUUAUAUAGUGAAUCAAAUAACAUUGAAAGUCUGUAAUACAAGUGCGUGUUUGGUGUAAUAGAUAGCUUCACGAUAAUGGCUCAUAAGGAGGAUGAAGAUUCAUUUCAAGAAGACGACGUAUACAUCAAUCAAGAAGAUGGAAUGCCUAACGUACAUCCUAAUAUUGCUAAUUUAGAACAAGAGAGCGAUACGCAGGAUGAAGUCGAUAAUUUCGACGACUUGCCGAAGUCUGUAAUUGUAACAAACAUACACAGCGAUGUUUUUGCUGAUGAAAAGUUGAAGAAAGGAAUGGAAGAUUUAUUCCGCACAUUUUCAGAUAAUAUAACGUUCCAGUGGCUACGCAGUUUUAAGCGAUUACGCGUGAACUAUGACAGUCCGUUGGCUGCUGCUAAUGCUCGAGUGCAACUGCAUCAGUACCAGUUUCAUAAUUCGCCGAUCAAUUGUUACUUCGCGCAACCUGUGACGCCUGUUUCAAUAAAGAAUCUGAGACCUCCAGCUCCUGUAAAACAAUUUCUGAUCUCCCCUCCAUCCAGUCCUCCAGUAGGUUGGGAGCCACGUGAAGAAAAUGAACCAUUGGUGAAUCAUGAUUUACUGGCAGCAUUGGCCAGCCUAGCUCCUGGUGAGAGUCACGAACUGCAUGCUCCUACUCCUACACAACCUGCUAUCAUUGUGCACACUGCUGUGACAUCGGAGCAGACCCCGAUUGUAGCAAAGAUACCUCAUACUCGUUGUCCGGAUUAUUGAAUGCCUUUUGAAGAAAAUCUAGUGACUAUGAAUUAGUGUAGUAGUAAUUUAUGAAUGCUUUUUAUUCAAUUGCAUGUCAAUUUUUAUGACAAGUUGAGCCUAAGACAUUACAGCUGUCUGAGAAUUUGCUGUAAAGUGAAAGCUCUACAAAAAAAUGAGCUUUAGAAAUUUAUUAACAAAGUUAGACUAAUUGUAGUUUGCUUGUUGAGACGGAUAUUUAUUUAACAGAAAUUACACAUAAUUAAAUUGGUGCUAUGUUUUAUCAAAAGUAAAUUAAUUAAAAAUUGCUUAUUUUCACUUUAGUUACACAAUUCACCAUCAUUUUUCAAUGUGAUAGGGUUCAUCACUUCAUUAUCAUUUAAGAUUCAAUUUGCAAAGUAAAAUAUGGACAAUAGUUGGAAACAUAUCAGAAAGCAAGCCUUCUAAAUAUAUAUUAACUCCAUAAAUAAGGUGGUUGCUCAAUGAAAUGGGUGUGUAAUUCAUUAACUAAUAUUUGUGUUGAUUUUCUAAAACUAUUUUCAGUGAUUCAGACAAUUUGUUUCAUAAAUGAGUUUAGAAAUAAAUUAAUUGAAAUAGAUUGGCUAUAUGUACUUAAGGUUGGCAUACAAGAAAACUUACUAAAUGCAAAAACAGAGAAGUUACUGUUAGUUAUUACUUUACAUUUGUAUUUAGUUUGUGGACUUGUAAGCUGUCCUAAAUUCUUGAAAAGAGCUCUCUUGUCAGCUGUCUUUAAAAAUUUGUAUAGAAAUUUUAAUAAAAUUCUUGUAACUAAAUUAGAAUAAAAAUUGACUUUGGUUUUUUUAUCUUACAACCACCUUUGGUUGUAACUAAUGUUUUUAUUGUGUCAAUAAUUAAUUGAUAAAAUCCAUGUACACUUUAUAUAUUUAUUUUAUCCAUUUAUUAAGUAAUCUCAAUUUUAUAUUGUUACUAACUUAUUUUAAAUUAUUCUUAGUUACCAUUUGAUUUUGUAAUCAAAAUCUUUGCUUCAAUUUUACUAAAAAAAUAUUGUAAAAAAUUAGUAGCAUUAGAAUUUUGUGAUAAUAUGUCUAAAUAAAUGUUAAAUUUGUUGUUCAUGUGGGUACAUAUGCCUAAAAUAUUUAAAUGGUUCAAUGUAAACUUGUAUAUUUAUAAUAAUUUAACUGAAAAUGAAAAAAUAUGUUGCAGUGGUUGCUAUGGGUGUGGUUCCAUAAUAAAAUUACGAUGUAUUAAAAUGAUUCUACCCAGGUCUUUGAAUUUAUUGUCAAGUUUUUUUAUUUCCUACGUUGAACUGUUUAAAUAUUACAUAUUUCUUAAUACCAGAGAAAUUAUUAAAGUUAAAAAUAUGUACCUAUUGUUAGAAUUAAUAUUGUUGUAGUUUUUAUAAACAUUUUACAAGUAGUAACUUGGCAAGCUUUCGGGAAGCUGUACCUAUCUCUCGAGAUACAAAUUAAAAAUAUUGUGAAAGUUCCUUUGUUAUUUUUAGAUAUAUUUAUUUGAAAGAUUGGCACUGCACAGGCACUAUUUGCGAGGGCCACAUGAUAUUAGAGUUGAAUUUAAAUGAACCAACUAUUGCAUUUUCUAGUUAUACUUACCCAAGGGUAUGUCAGGCAAUUAGUACCAAGUAGUGGUAUCACACACACACACGUAGAUUUAUCUUAUUUAUUAAAGGCUUCAAAGACCUAUUUAACACAUUGUCGUCAUUGUUGUGAUUCGCCAUGUUUGGCUCAGAUUAAUAUUUUGAUGAAUUUGUUCCGAAUUGGACCAUGUUGAAGGAAAUGUUAGGUUUUUGAUGUUUUUACGAAUAAACAUUAGCCAAAUGCGAUGGUUAUGAAAAAGUCUAUAGUAGAAGAUAUCUUGUUCUUGAUUUUACUCCUUUUGUUAGCACCAAUCUAGGUAUUUAUUCGUAUUUAUUUGGGAAAUCACGAAUUAAAAGAAAUAAUUUAUUGUAAUUUCUGAGGAGGACUGCUGUUUUAGUGUAAAAUUGCUGUCUUUUAGUGUUUUCACACACUAACUAUUAGAUAAUAUUUUCGUAAGAUUUAUCGUAAUAAACUUAGAGCUUCUAGUGCAUGUAGAUACCUAUCAUUUGGAUGAAAAGCCAUCAUUCAAUUUGUUGUAAAGAUCAACACCAAAUUAAUAAUAAAUUAUCUAAGAACUAAGAGAAAAUCAAACAUGUCUCAUUUGCCUACGUUCGAAACAUUUUCUAUUAAGUUACGAGACUGGAAAAUUCCCCGCAGACUGACUGCUGAGUUCACAAAAAAAAAAAUGAUAUGGACAUCUCUAUAAAAAAAUAGCAGAUUGAUCCUUGUAUUCAGGUUUUAGUCUGCGAUGGAUUUAAAUCAACCAUAAUUAUUGGCAUAAGUAUGUAUUGUAUUAGAACUAUCUAUGAUAUGUAUGUACAUUGACUGAAAUUACGAAAGAAUAUCAGAUCGACUGGUAGGUAUAACGUACCUCCUUUUAAUCUCUUAUUAAUUUCGUUAAAGUUUCAGGUUGACCAAUCUUCAAACUACUUUCUUUUGUAAAUAAUUACUAUUCAAAAACCAUGUACAAUCAGCAAAGUAAUUUGGUAUACAGGUAAGAAAAUCUUUUGCCUCAAUGCCUCACCCAGGGCGGAGGACAUUUGAAGAUUUCCUAAAAAAGGUAGGAAAUCUUCAAGUAUAUAUUUUCUUCUGUAUACCAUAUAACUUAGCUCUGACUGUACUUAUAUAGGUGCCUAAAUGCGGCUCGUUUAAGGGCCUGAUAUAUUUUGACAUCCAUAGUUUAAAGUGAAAUUUUGAGUAGGUUUACGAUAAAAUUUCUUGUCCGUUAUCUUUGAAUUAGGGCUGGUUCAAGUCAUAAGAAAGUUAAAAUUGUUUCAUGAACUUUUACUAUCUGUGUUGAUUAUAGAAUUUGUGAAUUGUCUUGUAUAAGUACUGUCUACUUUUUACAAAUUAUUUUAAAAACCCAGCACAGAUCAAGUGACUGUCCAUUUGUUUAUGAGUCAACAAUGAGAUGGGCGAUCAGCAUGCCAGCAUUGUAUCUACUAUGUGUACCUACUGUUAAAACAUUCUAUAUGUCGUUACUCCUCUCCUUGUACAAAAAACGUCAGUGUAAGAGGGUUUUUGCCCGUUGUGAAUCAUUAAUAUUUACCUAUGCUUAUAUCUUCUAUAUGUUCGUUGUUCAUACAUCGAUGUAUCAUCUAUUGAUGUUUUUAAUCUCACUGUGAUUUUCAUUAUUGUUUGUGUAAAUAUAAAAUUAUAAUGAGUUUUA